GACCGGCGCUGUGUUCCGUUGUCGAGCUGCCUGAUUGCUGCCGCCGUUGGGUUUUUUUUUCCCCGAAGGAAGAUGGCCGCAGGUCCCCUUUCGGUGUCUUCAACCGCGUCAACAAACAACGAUGGCAUCCUCAUUGGUGACAAACUUUACUCCGAAGUGUACCUUACGAUCGACAACUCUCUCAUCCCCGAGGAAAGGCUCUCUCCGACACCGUCAAUGCUCGACGGCCUCGACCUCCACACGGAAACCGACAUACGCAUACUGGGAUGUGAGCUCAUUCAGUCGGCGGGAAUUCUUCUCCGUUUGCCGCAGGUGGCGAUGGCGACGGGGCAGGUGCUUUUUCAUCGUUUCUUUUACUCCAAGUCCUUCGUCAAGCAUAGUUUUGAGAUUGUUGCAAUGGCUUGUAUUACCUUGGCCUCCAAGAUUGAAGAAGCACCCAGGCGAUUACGAGAUGUCAUCAACGUUUUCCAUCACCUGAAGCAGAUCCGAGUCAAAAAGACUCCAAGUUCAUUGAUUCUUGAUCAGAACUACUUAAACACCAAAAAUCAAGUCAUCAAAGCUGAGCGCCGUGUUCUCAAGGAACUGGGCUUCUGUGUCCAUGUCAAGCAUCCGCACAAGAUAAUUGUCAUGUACUUGCAAGUCCUGGAGUGUGAAAAGAACCAAACGCUGGUCCAGACUGCCUGGGUAGUCCGUGCUGGUAAGUCACAUAAAGAACCUCUGAACUCUACCUCCUCCAACCACAUGACCUCAGGAAGCCUCUCCCCUUUGGCUGGCAGCCCCUCUCCACACAGCCAGUCGUUGAAGGGGGCGCUCGCUCGGGCCUUUCCCAUCAGCCUACAUCGUCUUAUUUUCUCUUGGCUCGCCACGAGGAUUUGUAUUUUUCUUUGUGCCAAGGAUUUUAGGAUUACAUUGUUAUAUAUUUUUUCUAGUUUACUUUGAAUUACCAUUGAGUACAAUUACUUUUUGGAUGAGAUAAAAAGUUAAAUAGUAUAGUGUGUCAUGUCCCCAACUGACGUGUUGUCCAGACAUGUCUGUUUUGCAGGCGGAUCCAGUUCUCAGGUUUUGCCUCCCAGGACCCGUCUUGCUCUGCAGCAGUCACAAUUCAACAGUGUUGGCAUGUUGUCUUGUUGGCAUAGUUUUGAAUGCUAAGCCACAAAAGUAUCUUGUGGCUCAUGAAAUGAUGGCUGCUGGAAGUAACUCCAGCACCUGCUGAAUAACAGCAUUCUUCUUUAAAUGAGUAAAACACAAGUUGUAUGUACAUUGGAGAAAGAUUGCGAAGAGGUUUUUGUAUUUUCGCUUGGCCCAACAUUUUAAUUUUGUGGGGUGGGUAAAAAGGUUUGUUCAGUUGCUUGUACCAUCUUGCUCCUCUUAGUCAACCUCUUUUCCUUUUUGUUUUAAUCCUUUUUGUCUGUCUCCAAGUGAUAUUGAUACUCAUGAUCUUGCCCAAUAUACAUCCCAUUUUUGAAUGUCGCCACAUUUUGUUUAUCCUUGGAAAGAUUAAAUGUGCAUUGUAGCACACUAAUUUCACUCAACCCAAGGUAGCAAUCCUCGGAUCAUAGUCUUGUCGCUAAGUGUCUUUGCUGUAAAGCAAGUUAAGGUGACAGUUUGGUCUCGCAAGCUUGUGCACCGCUGACUUUCCCCAAACUAGCUUCUGUGCAUGUCAACCUCAAAUGCUUUUGCUCCCUUGUCCCUUCAGAUCUAACAAUCUGAAAGUGGCAACUGGUGUAGAUACAUUUCCUACAUCUACAUGUGUGCAUGUUCCCCAAGGCAUGUCAUCAUCACCUCGCCUGCUCAUAGCAGGCCUUCAGAAGGAAGUGACAAACACUACUCCCAUGGAUAACCCAGAGAGAAAUGGACAAAGUUAAACGCUACAGCACUACGAUGUUUCACUUCAACCCCAUCUAAUGGGGGAUCUUAAGCAGCUCAACAUUUAAUUCAGCUACUGCUAUACAAUGGUACCUCAAAUUUGACUUUCUAAACUAGUGGUUCUCAAAUGGAAGUAUCCCUCAAAAAAUCCUUAGCUCUCGAAGUAACACCUUAAUGACCAAAAUUGAACUACAGUAAUGCAGUAGGCCUAAAGGCUUCUUUAUACUCGCGGGAGUGGUGACAGUGCUGAUGUCACUGCGGCUAUCUUUACGCAGUUUGUCUUUAUACUCGAGCGCAACCCACGCGUGCAGUUUUGAAAUUGGCGAGGACACCACAGGGUGGAGUUUCCACUGCAUUUUUUUGGCCAUUUCCGGUAGCCGUUUUUCCUUUCCGUAGCAAGGAACAAAGCAACAAUGGCGGCCGUUGAACAGUGCUAGAACAAAUGGUCCUAGAUGACCAGAUGAUACGUUUUGAUUAUGCUGGAAAAUCAAUUGCGGCGGCGUAGGUUUUAUACGGAACCAAGCAGAACGUUGAGUAUGUCAUCGCAGCAUGUGACUAAAACGGACCAAUUACGAGAGAUGAUCUCCGCGGCAUUCUACGCGUAGCAACAAUUUUGUCGUGUGCGCGUCAAGUGACGCAUAGGGGCUGCGCGGCCCAAUACAAUGCAAUGUGGCGUUGUCGGCCUCGCGGGAGUGUAAAGAGGAAAGUGUUCAUCAAAAAAACAAGGCAGAGGCUUUGUUCCUGGGAGAAAAAAAAACUAUUGUAAACAAUUGUUACACACACAAUUCAAACAUUAACACUGCUCGAAUAUAGUAAAAACUACUUAAAUGGAAGAACUGUUGAUGAUUUUCAUUUUGUUUUCAGUGGACAUUUAGGUUUUAUUUAAUUCAGUGGUUCUUUUGCGUAUCAGUAGAGGUGGGCCUGUGUGUCACGAGUGGUACUCGAACCACACUUUAGAAUCCAGCCAUUCAACUUCCACACUCCAUAUCCUCGCUAGGAGCCUUUCACAGCUGUCUAGAAUGGACUUUGAAAAUCACUGUUCUAAACUAUAUUUGGAAUAAUUGUUUUUAGAGUCUCCAACAUAAUUAACUGUUCAGAAUUCUUAGUGAAAUUUUAACCAUAAUUUGUCAUGAAAGUAAAAAGUUGGCCAGUCUAUUAGUUGGGGGAACAAUGAAUGGCGAGUAACAAAUGUCACUACUUUUAACUGACACAAGUAUAUGUCAAGACGUACCAUUUUUAACUUCGUUACAAGCAUGACAGCUGGUGUGAGAAACUCAUCAGUGUACCUUAACUCCCAUCACUCUCCUCAAUAUUCAAAUCAGUCCUUUGUUAGGAAAAAAUUGAAAGUCUUGAGGCAAUGGGAACACAAAUACAUAAAAUGCAACCAAACAAAUCAAAAACAUUUUAAUGCAACUUAUAUUAUUGUGCUCAGUCAUCCCUGACGACUGAUUAUUAACAGCUAUGACACUGAAAUACAUGGUAUUUUCAAUGUGAAACUGCUUGCUUCACAUUGUGUUGGAUAUUUGAAUAUUGUCCUUUCAGGAAAACGUGUCACAAAUCAGGAGUUGGUCAUUGUUUUGCUGACCAAAUGCCCAGAAUUGAAAUUUUAAAAUGAUUUUUUUUUUUUUAAUAGAAAUAUUGACCACACUUAUAGCGCUGGCCGUUUGAGGUACCACUGUAUUCUGCAAUAGUUGUUGGGUCAAUGUUGAGUCAAUGUCCAUCUUUUAAGA